CCGCUUAGCUCCGCGUUCCCCCCCCUCCCCGGCCGCGGCCGCCUCCCCGGGGGCGGCGGGAGGAAGCCGGGGCGUGGGGCUCCGGCGCCCAGGGCGACCCCAAGAUGGCUGGAGGAGGCGGCGGGGGCGGGCGCGGGGGGCUGUGCUGAGCGGCCCCGCCGGGACGGGACGGCUCGGCUCGGCUCGGGCUCGCCUGGCCCCGCAGCCCCUCCGCAGAGCCUCGCUGGGCAGGCGGAGGAAGUGGCUCCCGGGAGCGGGGUUGUUCUGGUGACUUUAUUUAUAAUUUCUUUUUUUAAAUACCCUUUUUUCUUUUUAUUUUUUUAAUUAAUUUUUUAAAUUUGAUUUUAUUUUUAACGCGCUCCCGGUCUCCGUUCUCAGCCGGGCAGCUCAAGAUGGCUGAGAGCUGACUCGGCUCUCCCGGAACCGCUCGCUCCGGCCGGCUCCUCCCGGCUGCCCGCCGCCGCCUCGCCCCUUCCCGGCGGGGCCGCGCCGGGGAAGGCAGCGCUCCGCCGCCGGCUCGGGCGCCGUCCGAAGCAUUGUUACCGUCGGGGGCUUGCGACCCCCGGGCCGGCCAUGAGAGCGGGCUAGGACGGACCCUGCGGGCGCAUUUUUCCCCCCAGCCCUGGUGGGAAGUGAGAGCAGGUUGAUUUGGGGUCCGCGGGGCUCAGAACCCCCCGUGGCAAAGCCCGUCCCCUCUCCCAUCCCUCUCCGGGAGCGUUGGAGGAGCUGGGCGGGCUGUGCUGGGCUGGCGUUUGCUCUGAAUGACCGAGCUCUCCCAUUCAAGACCUCGUAAUCUCGAAGCAGGCGAGAGAGCUUUUUUUGCUGCUCCUCCGAUUUAGAAGCAAAUCUCGGGGGCCGCAGAGAGAAUUCGUUUUUCCGCCAUCGUCAUCGUCGCUAUUAUUAUUAUUUUUUUAAUCUUCCUCCUUUUCCCGUUUUGGAUCUUAACCCUUUGAUCUGUUUCCUUUAAAAGACUCUGAUUCCCAACUCCCAUCAGGGGGAGAGGGAGGAGAAAUACAGGGAAGGGGAAAAAAAAGCUCGAGCGAGUCGCUGCCCUCAGCUGUUGGCCAGGUUUGGUGGGGGACAAAAGUCCCUUUAAAAUAUUGAAUGUCAGUUGCAAACCUAAGAAAAGAAAAAUCUGAUCCGGAGUGCUAAAUUUAGGAGCUUUAUAUGGAACUUGGACUCUGCUGCUGGAUUUUGUAUGGAUUUUUUUCAACCUUUGGGAGGACAGACCCCGGCGUCCGCCCCUAGACCGCACUGAGCGACCGAAGCGGCUGGGGGGAAGCGUCGACAGAGCUGCCGGCAGAGAUGGCCGAGAAUUGGAAGAACUGCUUCGAAGAGGAGCUCAUCUGCCCCAUUUGCCUGCAUGUCUUUGUGGAGCCGGUCCAGCUGCCCUGCAAGCACAACUUCUGCCGGGGCUGCAUCGGGGAGGCGUGGGCCAAGGAGUCGGGCUUGGUGCGGUGCCCGGAGUGCAACCAGGCCUACAACCAGAAGCCCAACCUGGAGAAGAACCUGAAGCUCACCAACAUCGUGGAGAAGUUCAACUCCCUCAACCUGGAGAAGCCCCCCUCAGUCCUGCACUGCGUCUUCUGCCGCCGGGGCCCGCCGCUGCCGGCCCAGAAGAUCUGUUUGAGGUGCGAGGCUCCGUGCUGCCAGUCCCACGUCCAGACCCACCUGCAGCAGCCCUCCACGGCCCGGGGGCAUCUCCUGGUGGAGGCGGAGGACGUGAGGGCCUGGAGCUGCCCCCAGCACAACGCCUACCGCCUGUACCACUGCGAGGCCGAGCAGGUGGCUGUCUGCCAGUUCUGCUGCUACUACAGCGGGGCCCACCAGGGACACUCGGUGUGCGACGUGGAGAUCCGCCGCAAUGAGAUCCGGAAGAUGCUGAUGAAGCAGCAGGACCGCCUGGAGGAGCGGGAGCAGGACAUUGAGGAGCAGCUCUACAAGCUGGAAUCAGACAAGCGGCUGGUCGAGGAGAAGGUGAACCAGCUGAAGGAUGAGGUGCGCCUGCAGUACGAGAAGAUGCACCAGAUCUUGGAUGAGGACUUGAGGAAGACAAUGGAGAUCCUGGACAAGGCCCAGGCCAAGUUCUGCAACGAGAACGCAGCCCAGGUUCUGCACCUCAAUGAGCGCAUGCAGGAGGCCAAGAAGCUCCUCAGCUCUGUCCAGGUCAUGUUCGACAAAACUGAGGACAUCAACUUCAUGAAGAACACCAAGUCUGUGAAAAUCUUAAUGGACAGGACUCAGAACUGUACAGGUGGCAGCCUGCCCCCACCCAAAAUUGGCCACCUCAACUCCAAGCUCUUCCUGAACGAGAUCGCCAAGAAGGAGAAGCAGCUGAGGAAGUUGCUGGAAGGUCCUCUGAGCACCCCCGUCCCCUUCCUGCAGAGCAUCCCCAUGUACCCCUGCACCGUCAGCAACUCCGGCGCGGAGAAGCGCAAGCACUCCACCGCCUUUCCCGAGGGCAGCUUCCUCGAGCCAUCGUCCGGGACUGUGGCGAGCCAGUACAUGAGCCAGGGCGCUUCGGCUGGCGAGGGGCAGUCCGCACAAGCCAUGGUGCCUUGUAGCUCCACGCAGCACAUAGUUGGACUUCCUAGCGGCCCGCAGCCGGUGCACUCGGGCUCCGUCUUCAACCCAUCUCACUACCCCAACACCACGUCAUCUCAGCAGUCCGUGCUCUCCCAGUACGGCGGCCGCAAAAUCCUCGUCUGCUCCGUGGAUAACUGUUACUGUUCCUCGGUGUCCAACCACAGCGGGCACCAGCCCUACCCGCGCUCGGGGCACUUCCCCUGGACAGUCUCGUCGCAGGAGUACUCCCACCCGCUGCCGCCCGCCCCCGCCGUCCCCCAGUCGCUCCCGGGACUUGCCGUGAGGGAAUGGAUUGACGCAUCCCAGCAGCACGGGCGGCAGGAUUUCUAUAGGGUCUACGGGCAGCCGUCGGCCAAACACUACGUCACCAGUUAACCGUCACACUCUCCGGAGAGUCCUGCUCGAUGACGUGUUCAGAGAGAAAAGUCUGGUUUGGUUUGGCUUUUCUUUUUUUUUUUUUCCUCCCCUUUUUAAAUCAAACCCAAUGUUUUCCCUGCCUCGCGCCCCUCCAGGAUUUUGGGGAGGGUUGUUCUAGCAUAUCUCCUUUUUUUUUUUUUUAAUCCUUUAAAAAUGAAAUAAUUUUUUUCAUUUUAUUGUCUUUUUUUAAUUUAAUUUUGGAAGUCCUUCCUGCCCCUCGCUGGGUAAACACGAGGGAGAAAUUACCGAGAAGAAAUUGAUGGGGAUUUCAGUCGGACAUCUGGGUCUGUGCGUUGUGCUCUUCCUCGCUCCUCUCUGCCUUUGGAAAACUUCAGAAGGGACAAUGGCACCUUCUCUCUUUCUAUUUCUCCGAGUUAAUUUUUUUCUGGUUUGGUUCAGUUUUUUCCCUUUCCCCACCCCUUUCUUUCCCUUUUUAAAAAGAAAAAAAAAAGAAAAAAUCUAUCAUUGAUUCAGUAUGAAAUGACACUUGUAGAUUUUGGGUUUGUUAUUUUUUUUUUUAAAGGCUGAUUUUUUUUUUUGUGUUACAAGGCCACUUCUCAUGCAUAUUGGCAUUUUUUUCCUUCUUUCAGAGAUUUGUAAAUACACAAUGGCAGGAAAUUUAAUGCACAAAAAAAAAAAAAAGGGAAAAGAAACUUUACAAAAAACCACAAAUAAAUAAAUAAAAAAAAAUCUGUUCUAGUUUUCAGGAGGGGAAGUGUGACCGAAACACACUCCCCUCCUGCAUAUCGCUGAUGCAACUUCCUGUAACAAGCACUUUGUAUAAAGAAAAGUGGACUUCCUGCUAUAAGGCACAGGUAUUUAUUCUGUAACCGAUUUUAGACACACACACACACACACACACACACACACACGCAAAAUAUUCAAAUAAAUGUGAUCACUUAGUGCAAA